AUGAAGAAAGUCGUGUUGAAGUUGGAUUUACACGAUGACAAGCAGAAGCAGAAAGCGAUGAAGGCGAUAUCGGGUCUACCAGGCAUAGAUUCGAUAGCGAUGGACAUGAAGGAUAAGAAGUUAACGGUGAUCGGAGACGUAGACCCGGUGGUGGUGGCGAAGAAGCUGAGGAAACAAUGGUACAUCGAGAUGUUAUCAGUCGGACCAGCCAAAGAAGAGAAGAAAGCCGACAACAAAACGGAAUGCACAGCCGACUCCGUGAAGGCCUACGGCUACUAUCCUUACUACACUCCAUAUUACCGUGUUGUGGCCGCAGAAGAGUAUCCCUGUGCUUGUGUGAUCUUCUAA